AUGCCGGGUACACAAUUAAAAGACCGAUUAAAGAUACCGUAUGUUCAACAAUUUGGCAAUCUACAUGUGACUGAAAAGGACAAAGUGGAUAUUUCGAUAGAUUGGACAAACGUUGAUUUAGAUGCAGUAUUGGAACAAUUGUCAAUUGUUUCUGAUAACUUUUGCUCGUCGUCUACAAUUCCAAAAAUAUAUGGGUUUCCUCAUUUUAUUGUCACUGACGAUGAUCAAUAUGUUAAAGUUAAUGAUAUCCAUGCUACUUUGCGAAAUGCUUAUCCACUACCUUUACGCAAUCAAGGCAGAGAAUCAAAGGCCAAGUUACAAAAGAAAAUAAAAGAUUUCUUGAAUGGAUCUUAUAAUCCAGAAACCAAUGAUAGAAUUCAACAUCUUCGUGAAUUUGCAAUAGAAGAACUUAUCCGAGAUCUCAGUUUCAGUUCUCACACUUUAGUAUCGAAAUAUGAAUAUAAUUCGAGAUAUUCUCUAUCCUCAGAUUUUCUUCCGAUGUCGAAAGUGACACCAACCCUUGAAGCUUUUGAGCCCUUUUCAAUAAAAUGUGAUAUAUCACGUAAAAGUAAAAAUAAAUCAUUACAACUUGACAGAUCAUUUGAGCUUACCCCUACUGUACAGGCGUUGUUCGAUGACUGGAUUAUUGGACAAGAUGUUAAAGAAUAUGAAUAUCAUUAUCGACGUGUAAAUGAUAAAUUCAUUCAAGAAGCUAUAUCAACUACUUCCGGAGAAUCUGAUGGAGAUCAUUAUCUAAGUAUGCACACAUCAGAUGAUCAAACGUCAGCAUUUGAAACUGGUGUCGACAGUAACGAGGAGACUAUUACAAAAAGAUCAAGGAAAAGGUCACGAAAGUCUGGAUUUUUAUGA